AUGGCGAUCGAGAACGCUGCUGGGCGAGCUACCACCACCACUGCUACAGUCACUGCCACUGCCACCGCUACGACAACUACAAGUGAGCAAUAUCCUGUGGCUACUGUGGCUGCCGUGGAUGCUGUUGAGUGUGGUUGUAAUAGCCACGACCUCUGCUGCAAUUACCACGACCGUAACCUCCUCGGUAGUAUCCUUGACCUCGACCAGCUUGACACUGAUCCGGCGGAAGAUCCGGCCGUAGCAGCAGCAGCUGCUAUCAUGGAGGAGCUGGCUGUGGCAGGGUCAACUGCAUUGCCUCCGGACAACAACGAUGUGAACAUGGACGGUGUGGAUGCUGGUCAAAAUUAA